CUCGUGUCUCAUCGCUCACUUUUGUUUCUCUCCAUCUUCUGUUGAAACCCUUAAAGAGUUCACCCACUCACUCUGUGACACGACGGAGGUUUUGUGUGGGUUUGAACGCAGCCAGUCUCUCGUUCAUUCUGUAGAAUUUUCGCUUCUGCACGCUGAGUAUUUUUUCUGUGCGCAAAGAAGUCUUUUGCAUCCGACAAAAAAGAAAAGAGGGUGUGAUGAAAUGAGAAGAAAGCGGGUUAUUUAUCAUGUUGCUUCUUCAGUUCAUAUCAGUCAGAGUCUGUUAAGAAGAGUCUUUUGUGUCGCGGGUGUAUUUUGGCAUUUAAAAAUCUGGUGCGUAAAAGAAAACGAGAAAAAACGCUCCGGUCAAAGUUUGUGAUUUCAAAGACCCAAAGCCCACCUAGGCUGAGAUCGAUGACUUGAAAUCCAUUUUCUGUUCAAUAUCUCGAGACUCGAUCCGUUUUCUGUCUCAAGUUCACCCACAUGACAGCUCUGUGUCUUCUCUGAUGCGUGCGUAAAAGGGCUGGGUUUCUGGAGCCAAGGAUGCGUCCAAAUCUGAUCUAAAACUCUGACAGCUCCAUGACCCCGCGGCCGCUGCGCGUCUGGCGUACUGCGAUUAGAAAAAAAUGAUGUCACGCAAAGCCACAAGGGGACCUGGGAUUUACCAAAUACCUUCCAGUUGAGCAGGAGUCCUGCCAAGUAAGGGACAACCUCCUCCUCUCGUCCUCCUCUUCCAGCGGCGACAAGUGCAGCGAAUCGACAGAGGAGAAUUGAGCAAAUUAUCUACUUUUUCGUGCUCCUUCCUGGACGCUAACGAUCGGCGAAGUCUCAUUAUCGAGCGAGCCGCGGCCGCGCUGAUUGUGGUCAAUAAACGGGGGAACGGGGCCGGUGAUUAGGAGGGGGGGUUCCCCGGCAGAUGAUGCCCUUUCCUGCGGGCCGGUGAGUAGCAGCACCGACCCCCGGCUUCCUUCCAGCAGCUCCUUGUUGUUGUUGUUGUCGCUGCGCGGUUGAUGCGGAGGUGAUGGACGGUCCUUUCCGCCGCCCAGCGGGGAUCCUCGGCUCCUCCCCGGCUUCUGGGAGCCAGCCCGCGGGCUCCGACAUGCUCACCUCCGGCGGCAGCGGCAGCAAGCCUCUCGCUUUCUCCAUCGACCGGAUUAUGGCCAGGACGCCCGAGCCCAAGUCGAUACCGCUUCCCAGCUGGUUCCAGUCCGCUCCCGUGGGGAAACCCGACGUCUGUCCGUCCUCUCUACAUUGUAUGAUCCCGCUGGUGCCACUCGGGUACGAACCGGGCCACAGGCUCAGCAUCACCGGGCUGGAUACGGGCCACUUCGACGGGUCUUCCCUGUCCGCUCCGGCAGACUUUUUGGGCUUUGGGUUGAACUAUAAGAACCAGCAGGAGGACUCCGCUGUGAGCCAAACCACCGGGCAGUACAAACUCUUCAGACCCCGGGUGGUGAACCAGUCCUCCUUCCCCACCAUGGGCACCGUGUGCUACCUGAACUGCAGCGGGGACAGCGGAGGGUGUCCUCCACCGGCCGGCCUUGUCAACCUGCACCCGAUGGCUUCGUACCUGCUCACCGCCCGGCACAAAGCCUUCAUGGCAGAGAAAAGCAAACCGGGCCUGCACCAGGCCGGGGAACGGUACCCGGUGUCCGGUGUGCAGGCCUUCAAGGAGCUGUCUCAGAGUCAGAUCCAGCACUACAUGAAGGAGCGGGACCAGAUCAUCACCGACAAGAUCUUCAAGGGCUCUGCGGCGGCGGCGGCGGCCCGGCUGAGUGGAUCCUGUCCCGGCAGCAAGCCCAAAGUUUUCACCUGCGAAGUCUGCGGCAAGGUGUUUAACGCGCACUACAACCUGACCCGCCACAUGCCUGUGCACACCGGCGCGCGGCCGUUCGUGUGUAAAGUUUGCGGGAAAGGAUUCCGACAGGCGAGCACGCUGUGCCGACACAAAAUCAUCCACACUCAGGAAAAACCGCACAAGUGUAAUCAGUGCGGGAAAGCCUUCAACCGCAGCUCCACCCUCAACACGCACACGCGCAUCCACGCGGGAUACAAACCGUUCGUGUGCGAGUUUUGCGGGAAAGGAUUUCAUCAGAAAGGGAACUACAAGAACCACAAGCUGACGCACAGCGGGGAGAAGCAGUUCAAGUGUUCGAUCUGCAGCAAGGCGUUCCACCAGGUGUACAACCUCACCUUCCACAUGCACACGCACAACGACAAGAAGCCCUUCACCUGCCCCACCUGUGGCAAGGGCUUCUGCAGGAACUUUGACCUGAAGAAACACAUCAGGAAGCUGCACGACAUGGCCAGUCCACAGUCACCCCCGCAGGCCUGAGCUCUGACUCUGUAACCUUCACCCCCCAUCAAAAAAAAUGCAUCAGGUCCCCUGUGAUCUCCCCCACCAGGCCUGAAACUAGACUGAAGUCAUAUUCCAGAUUUAUGGAAACCUGUAGGUGUUGGAGAUUUUUUUAAAUUAAUCAUUUGCGCCUCAGCUCAAAUUUGUGUGCUUUGUUGCUACAAAUUACUAACACAGAAUCUCCAACCAAUUAAGAAUUGGUACAUGAAAAUCAUAAAAUCUUGCUCUUUGAUGGUUUCAUUAGUUUUUGUGCAGCCAUGUAAUUCUCCAAAUGCUUGAGGCUGACUUUUAAAGGUAGAUUCAGAUCAUUUUUUAGAGAGAAUACAUAAAAAUAUAUAAAUUAAGACUCUUUUGGGACCAAAGAAUUGUUAAAAUCAAAGCAGCAGAGGCUGAGAUAUGCUGACUUUUAGUCCCUAGUGUAGCUCCAAAAACACUGUAUCCUUCGAUUAGACCCAUCCUGGCUGGUAAAUUUGUAGCCUCCAAGAUAACCCUGAUGACAUCACUGUGACAUCACCAGGGUUAUUUUCUCAGACUUGACCGAACAAGAGAGCGUGUUUUCACAGGUUCAGGAUCAUGACUAAUCAACAGAUUUUCAUAUGUAGAACUGGUGUAGUGCCCCUUUAAAUCUGCAUGAUUUCUUUGACCGAUACAGAUGAUAUCCGAUUAUGUCAUCUGAAAUGGAUGAUGACCCUUAAACAGAGUGCAAUUUUGCUUUAUCUCAGACUAAAGUUGACAAUUGUGGUAUAAGAAAUGCUUAAAAAUUACACAUUUUUACAUGACCCCUCUGGAAUCCAACAGUAUUUUGUCACAUUACAAUGAAUUUGCAUCUCCGGUUAAGCCCAAGUGAACAUUUUUCUGAUCUCUACAGACUCUGUAAUUUGAAAAAAUUACAUGUUGGCCACAACGCGUCUAUCGCUCUGAGCUUGUGUUGGACUGAGGACACUUCACAGAGGACAAACUUUCCUGCCCUCUGUUUAUUAGUCAGCUGUAUUAUAAUGAUGGCUAAUUAUUAUAUCAUUAGUCAUCAGUGAUUAUUAGUUUUUAUUAUUUUUCAGUUGCAUCUCAGGAUGUGAGAUUGAUGAACUUUGAGACCAGAGACGUUGCAGAGGUGAAACAACACGCACGACUCAUGUGUGACCAGAUCUUAUUGUCAAAAACAGAAUUUCUACCUUUUUUGUCUGUGUAUGUAUUUUCUUCCUUCUUCCUCCAUAGAGCAAAAAAAAAAAAAAAAAAAAAAAAAAACACAGCAAUGAGCCACUCUAUUGUUCCUUCAUUACUAUGAACACAAUCCCACAUCCACCGCCAUGCUGCCACAGAUACUCAAACAACAAAUCCGCCACUGAAAUAGUCCCCUGUUUCCUCCUGUUUCUUUGAUAAAAAACUACAUUGAGCAGCCAAAAAAAGGUGAAACAAUUAUUUUGCUGAUAAUAAGAAUAUAUAGAAUAACAGCAGAGUUGUACUUCAACAUGUUUAUGACAUACAUUCAGAGCAUUCACAACAUCAGGGAAAAUCAAACUUCCUUGUUGUCCAGAAGGUUAAAUAUGAACUGACAAAAUAACUUUAAAGGUCCACUGUGUUAGAUUUUGGGGGCUCUGUUUACAGAA